AUGAAGAAGUUCCUACUCGAGCGAGGCCUCCGACCACGCUCAGACUUUGCCAAAGCCGUCGGGAUCGAAACGCCCGCCACUUUGGACGAAUUCUUCCUCAAGGCUCAAGCAUACAUACAAUACGAGGAAAAGGAGGCGGCUCACGCAGUCCGUAACUCAAGACAGGAAGAGAACACUGAAAGUGCUCGUCAAGACGACUCUCGCCGAGGAAAUGAUAAGAAGAAAGAAGAUAAAGGUCGGGAUCCAAAAGACUACAAGGCACCAGCAGGGAAGUUUCGGGAAUACACCCCACUGAAUGCAUCCAGGGAACGCAUUCUGAACGAGGGCACGAACGCAGAAUUCCAAACGGGCAAAGUCCACUUCAUAAAGUCCAUGCCCGCAUGGCCAAACAUAGAUAAAUCGAAGUUCUGCCGGUUCCAUAAAGGCCACGGGCAUAACACGGAAGACUGCAUCCACCUGAAAGAUGCAAUUGAAAUAUUAAUCCGAGAUGGACACCAAAAGCAAUAUCCGAAGAAGCAAGAGGCCGCCAAAGAGGCCAAGCCAGUCACCGAGGAAAAGCCAAUGGAAGACACGUCCGCCAUGCAAGUGGCCAUGAGUAUCACCAGACCGGAGGACUUUUACCUCCCAAACUGGGCCAGGGUGUCUUCCACCCCUUCUCCUCAUAGCCCAUGGGAAAUUUUCCCUUCCGCCAUGGUCAUAUUCGGAGGAGGAUUCAGCAAACUCACCGUCGGAUCCGUAAAACGAAAAUUCGAUGAACUAAUCUCAGCAAGUUCAAGCAAAGUCGCUACCCUCGUCCUGGCCAAGGGCGGCUCAUCCUCCGUAUCUUUCUACAAGGUUGAACUUCCCGGAGGAGCGCCCAACGCGACCAUCCCCCUCCUUAUCCAGACCCGAAUGGCCAACUUAGACGUGCACCGCAUUCUGGUCGAUCAAGGGAGUUCGGUGGACAUCAUGUACUCCCAGUUAUUCAAGACGCUGCAACUGAAUGACAGCCACCUCACCCCCUACGUAGGAUCUGACCUACAAGGUUUCGACGGCACCGUGACAAAACCGUGGGGUUUCGUUGAGCUUAUCGUUUCAAUCGGAUCGGUGGAAAACCGCAAGGGCCGUCAAAAUCCAGUUCCUAGUCAUUGA